AUGAACUGCAAUGAGAAAGAACUGAAGGCCAAACUGCACAACAACAGGGCUAUUGCACAUUCUAAACUUGGUAAGAUGAUGAUAUCCAUUUUUUCUAUUUUGAAGCUAUUGAGUUGUCAGUAGUAGUUUUCUGAAAAAGGGGAUAAUUUUGAAUGCAUGCCCGGAAAAAUUUACAUCUUAUGUUGGCCUCUCAAAUAUACAAAGAAGUAACCUCUUACCCCAGAUAUCAAUGAGCAUCACAAGUUUUUUCCCAAAAUUAUAGUAAUGGUAGUUGGUUUGCAACAUGUUUGGCUAAUCAGAGAUAUUUAUUUCAAUAACAGGAAAUCACCAGGAUUCACUAAGGGAUGCAGAAGCAGCCAUUGAGUUAAAUCCAACUUUCCUUAAGGCAAUUGUGAGAGGUUAG